CAAACCUCAGACCUCUCUGUCAGCUUGAAGAAUUAUAUUUUUGCCAGUCUUUGGAGCGGACAGGAAAUGACCCUUUCACAAACUGAUUUUUUAAAAACAAGUUUUUCUGCCUAGAGCUAUCCGGUCUUUCUCUUGCAGUAGAGGGCUCCCAGAGCAUUUCCCAGUGUGUUCUGCUGGUAGCUUGCCUGCACUGUAGCCUGAAGCCCAUGUGCACUGUAUGGAUGUUGAUGUUACAGUGUGUAGCUUGAUUCUCUGCAAGCAUCCAAGAUGUCCAGCACACCUCAUGACCCUUUCUAUUCCUCUCCUUUUGGACCAUUUUAUAGGAGACACACGCCAUACGUGGUACAGCCAGACUAUCGGAUAUAUGAGCUGAACAAACGAUUGCAGACUCGCACAGAGGACAGUGACAACCUGUGGUGGGACGCAUUUGCUACAGAGUUUUUUGAAGAUGAUGCAACGUUAACACUUUCAUUCUGUUUGGAAGAUGGACCAAAGAGAUACACUAUCGGAAGAACGCUUAUUCCUCGAUAUUUCAGUACAAUCUUUGAGGGGGGAGUAACAGACCUUUACUAUGUUCUUAAACACUCGAAGGAGUCUUACCACAAUUCAUCCAUCACACUAGACUGUGACCAAUGUAGUAUGGUCACCCAGCAUGGCAAACCCAUGUUUACAAAGGUUUGUACCGAAGGGAGGUUGAUUCUGGAGUUUACAUUUGAUGACCUGAUGAGAAUAAAGAUGUGGCACUUUACCAUCCGGCACUACAGGGAAUUAGUCCCACGCAGCAUUCUUGCCAUGCAUGCACAAGACCCUCAAGUGCUGGAACAAUUGUCCAAAAACAUCACUCGUAUGGGGCUGACUAACUUCACCCUUAACUACCUCAGGCUGUGUGUAAUACUGGAGCCAAUGCAAGAACUGAUGUCCAGACACAAAACAUACAAUAUCAGCCCAAGGGACUGCCUGAAAACAUGCUUAUUCCAGAAAUGGCAGCGAAUGGUGGCACCUCCAGGUCGAACCUCACAAUCAGCCGUUAUACCCUUUCUCCUACGUCACACCGCCUCAACCCCACAACCUCGCUCAGCGCGCCCAGCGCAUAACGCAGAACCAACCAGACAACAGACAAAUAAGCGGAGAAAGAGGAAGAACUCAGCGAGCAGCACCUCAAACAGCAGUGCAGGAAACAUCAACAGCAUGAACAGCAAGAAAAAGGGGCCUGCAGGGAAUUUCAGUCUCUCCAGUCAGGAUGUUAUGGUGGUGGGUGAACCUACACUGAUGGGCGGAGAGUUCGGGGAUGAGGAUGAGCGACUGAUCACUCGAUUAGAGAACACACAGUAUGAUGCAGCAAAUGGCAUUGAUGAUGAGGAAGAUUUCAAUAACUCUCCUGCACUGGGAAGUAACAGUCCCUGGAACAGCAAAGCGCAAUCUAGUCAGGAGAGUAAAUCAGAAAAUCCCACACCACAGGCCUCUCAAUAAAAAGGAACAUAUCAGUUUUUAUUAAAAAAUUUUGUGCUUUCCCCUUCUUCUUUAUCCAGGCUGAAACCCAAAAUUUCUUGUUUAAAAAUGUCUGCAUUCAGCAGUAUUGAAAUAUUAAAUCCCCUAAUUUGAUUUAGUGAGUUCAUAUUCAAAGCUUAAAAAAAACUCGAGCUGGUAUUAUAAGCCAUGCAACCCAUUAUAUUUUGUGGGCAUUUUAGUAUGGCAGGUUUGUGGUUUCUUUGAAUUUGUUCCUGAGUUUGAACUGUUACUAUCAUGGGACUCUGAUAGUGAUGAUCAUUUAUAUUCAGGUUUUGCAGGAACCCAUGCUGGUCAAAUUUUUGCUUGUGUAUUUAUGUAAGCUUUUUAUAAGGGGACUAAAAGAUGGUUUAGUGCAGACACAAUUUUGUUCACAUAAAUGUUCAGCACAAAAUGUGAAACUUAGAAAUGAGUCUUUGUGUCAUUAUACGGAUGUAUUUUAUGUAUGCUUUGCCAUUAAUUGUGCCAAUAAACAAUGGUAACAUUAAUGCAUUUGUCUGACAGUGGUUAAUCACUGUUGUCAAAUUUUUCAUUAAAUCCAGUACAGUAUUUUUGCAGAAUUGUUAUGUAAUUGGUUAAUGACACUUCUGUUUCUUUCUCUUGUAAUUUGUUUAAAUUACUAAUGUGCUUUGUAGAAAUGCAAGAUUUAUAGUGAUGAUCUGAACAUUCUGUGUUUGAAUUCUUGGAAUCUAACCCUUCAAGCCAAAGCCAAAAGAAAAU